GUCUGUACUGCAGGCAUUGCUUCGGUUCUGCGACUGCUGUCCCGGCUGCGAUUUGGCGCUUCUAAUUGGCAGACUUUCCUCCCGACUGCUGCGCUUCUGGCUGUUGGCGAGCGGGCCAUUCCCGGCCUUUCUUCCUAGAGUGGUUUAGAAACAGCUUGCUUUGAGAGCCCAGGAACUGGAUGGAUGUCUGUGAAGGGUCUACCACUGUGAUCCUCGGGGUGACCUCCUCAGUGCCGCUCCCCAAUAUCCUCCUGAUGGCCAACGUCACCUGGCCCCGGGGCCAGCUUUCUGCCUGGAGCCCAGCUGGUCGUGCUCCUGUCAUCGCCCCCAACAGGAUUCUCCCCCUCAAGUAUGUGGAGCUACAAAUCUGUGACCGGCUCCAAUGCAUCCUGAGGGUUAGAACAGUCACUGAAAAGAUCUACUACCUGAGGCUCCAUGAAAAACACCCAGAGGCUGUGUUUCAAUGGAUCCGCUUGGUGAAAAUUCUGCAGAAAGUUCUGUCCAUCACUACCAAAGACCCGAGAAUUCAGUUCACUCCCUGCCUGGUCCCCAAGAUGCCCAGCAGCUCCACCGAAACAACACCCGAAAGCACCCUCCCGUCAUCCACCCAGCCCAGAGAAAGCUUCAUGCUGUUGGCAGCCGAGCAGACCAGUGGCAGUUUCUCGCAUCUCCCAGGAAGAUCCCAACUGACAGCAGACAGAAACCCCAACAUUGCCGUUAAAACAGACAAUUCCAACAGCUGUGACAAGACACUCUCACCAGUGUCAUCUCUGGUCCAUCUGAAUAUACCCAUGAAAGCCGCCUUGAGCCACAGCAUCUGGGAACAAGAGAAUCCAGAUGAGCACUCCUGGCAGGCUCCUAUAGCAAGUUCUCUAGGCAAGAAUAUUUUGGGACCCUGACACCUAGCCAAAACACGGUGAUCUUCCCUGGCUUCGUCUGAUGCGCUUGCUACAACCUCCUAUAAUGCUGUUUUCCCACUUCAAGCCAAAUGACCAUGGGAGAGGUAAGAUGAUGUCUGUAACAAGG